AUGUCUGAACUGUUGCAUCGAACCCUUUCGCACGAUGCCCUGAUCGACAUUCUCAUUUUUUGCCACGACGAUUUAAAAUCAGUGAUGAAUUUGGCAUCAACUUGUACAACACUUUAUGCUGCAAUUACAGAAUGCUCUGAACGGUUGUGGAUUUACAUUUUGAAUAAGAAGUUCAUGGGUAGUAGAAGGGAGAAGAAGGGAUCCAACAAGAGGAAGAAUAGAAAGCCAUUGGUAAAAGAAAAGACACUUUCGAUAUUGGAAAAUAGUACUGGACUUUCGGAUAGAAGUAAACAAAUAAUUUCCAUAAUAAGAACACAAGUAAGAUUUGAAAGGAAACAUCAAAUUUUGAAAGGAUAUUAUGAGGAAAGAGAUUUUGCUAAAUACAAAUACUUUUCAAAUUUGAAUAUUAAGGAUGAUUAUAUUUGGAAAUUGCUUAAAAGGGAAAUGGUAGAAUCUAAGGCAAUUUACUCACCAGAAAAUAUAAUUAAGGAGAAAUUUGGAAAUUCACCAAUUCAACUGAUUUAUUUAUACUUUAACGGUAGCAUGUACACUGUGAAAGAAUUCAUAGAUGCCAUAUUUAGGAAAGAAAAUGCUCAUCUUGAAUUAAAUAUUCAUAACAGAACCAUUUCUUCAUAUCUUUACGAUUAUUGGAAAGAAAACCGCAAGUCAAAACUGGAUUUCAACCAGGAGCUAUCCAACUUUAUACGUUACACACGUAUUUGUCAAGACACCAACGAUUCUUUAUUAUUUAUCAAAUUAAUCUAUUUAGAAUUUCCAAAUGUAAUGAAUGGUUCAAAUCAAGAAACAGCAUACGAACAAGAGAAACACACUAAAGGAAGUUUCAAAAACACAUUACUCUACUUUAAAAAUUAUCUUGCCAAUGUGCAAGAGGCAGUGAAUAUUUUCGCAAAGGAGCUCUAUGGAAACAAUAUUGAUUUAAAAGUUUACAAUCGAUAA